UCCCAACACAACACACAGACUAACAGACAUGUACGGCAGCAGUAGCAGUCUCAAGACUCCCACAAGUCCCCAAGAAGAGGACAAAGGAGAAGGAAAGGUCUAUGGGAAUGUUUUUGCGGAACUGGAAUCAGUAGACCUGCCCCUGGGAACGAGUUUAAGAUCUGUUUAUGAUGAUCAGCCCAACGCACACAAAAGGUUUAUGGAGAAACUUGAUGCCAGAAUACGCAACCAUGACCGAGAGAUUGAGAAAAUGUGCAACUUCCAUCAUCAGGGAUUCGUGGACGCCAUCACAGAACUGCUGAAAGUCCGAGCGGAUGCUGAGAAACUGAUGGGCCAAGUGAGUGACACCAAUCGAAGACUUCAAGACGCCGGACGGGAGGUGACGGCCCAAACGGAGGAGGUCAUCCGCUGCCGGGUUCAACAGAGGAACAUGGCCACCACGGUGGAGAAGCUGCAGCUCUGCAUUCCCGUGCUGGAAAUGUACAGCAAAUUGAAGGAGCAGCUUGAAUCAAAAAGAUACUACUCUGCAUUGAAAACCAUGGAGCAGCUAGAAAACAUUUAUAUUCCCAGAGUGAGCAAGUACAGGUUCUGCCAAAUUAUGGCUGAGACACUUCCUAAACUCCGAGAGGAGAUUAAGGAGAUCUCCAUGUCCGACCUGAAAGACUUCUUGGAAAGUAUCCGAAAACACUCGGACAAGAUUGGUGAAACCGCAAUGAGACAGGCUCAGCAGCACCGUACGUUUAAUAGUACGGUGCAGAAGCAGGACACUCUGAGCUGUGCCAAACCUCUGUACGGUCUGAACGGCCGAACACCCCUCCAUCACAACGGCCUGAGCCCGGAGGAAGAGGAGAUGGAUGAGGAGGUCUUGACGGCGCAGGAUCUGGUGGAUUUUUCACCAGUCUACCGAUGUCUUCACAUCUACACUGUUUUGGGAGACAGAGAAACAUUUGAAAAUUACUAUAGGAAGCAAAGGAAAAAACAAGCAAGACUAGUACUGCAGCCUCAAUCUAACAUGCAUGAAACAGUGGAGGGCUACAGAAAGUACUUUAAUCAGAUUGUUGGGUUCUUUGUGGUGGAAGAUCACAUUUUACACGCCACACAAGGUCUGGUGACCAGAGCCUUCACAGAUGAGCUGUGGAACAUGGCCCUGUCCAAAAUCAUCGCAGUACUUCGCACACACUCUUCCUACUGCAGUGAUCCCGACCUGGUCCUCGAACUGAAGAACCUGAUAGUUAUAUUUGCAGACACUUUACAGGGUUAUGGCUUCCCUGUGAACAGACUUUUUGACCUUUUGUUUGAGGUCCGAGAUCAGUACAAUGAAACAUUGCUCAAGAAAUGGGCCUUGGUGUUCAGGGAUAUUUUUGAGCAGGACAACUACAGCCCCAUUCCAGUGGAGAAUGAAGAAGAGUAUAAGGCUGUGGUCAGUCGCUUCCCCUUCCAUGAUGCAGAGAUAGAAAAGCAACAAUUUCCAAAGAAGCUGCCCAUGUCCCAGUCAGUGCCUCAAAUCUACUCUCAAGUAAAGGAGUUUAUUUACGCCAGCUUGAAGUUCUCGGAGUCACUCCAUCGCAGCUCAACCGAGAUUGACGACAUGCUCCGUAAAUCCACCAACCUUCUGCUGACGAGGACGUUGAGCAGCUGCUUGCAAAACCUCAUCAAAAAGCCGCACAUAGGAUUAACGGAGCUUGUUCAAAUUAUCAUCAACACCACGCACUUAGAGCACGCGUGUAAAUACCUGGAGGAUUUUAUCACAAACAUCACCAAUGUUUCCCCGGAAACAGUUCACACCACAAGACUCUAUGGGCUUUCCACCUUCAAGGAUGCCAGACACGCAGCUGAAGGAGAGAUAUACACUAAACUCAAUCAGAAGAUCGAUGAGUUCAUUCAGCUUGCUGAUUACGAAUGGGGCAUGUCGGAGUCGGACGGCAGGGCCAGCGGAUACCUCAUGGACCUCAUCAACUUCCUGCGCAGCACCUUCCAGGUCUUCACGCACCUUCCGAAUAACAACAAUGAUCAUGCUGCAAUGUCGGGUAAGGUGGCGCAGACGUCGUGUAUGUCCGCCUGUAAACACCUGGCCACAUCGCUGAUGCAGAUGCUGCUGGAUACUGAGCUCAAACAAAUCAGCAUGGGAGCCAUUCAGCAGUUCAACCUGGACGUCAUACAGUGUGAACUGUUUGCCAGUUCAGAGCCCGUGCCAGGAUUCCAGGGCGACACGCUGCAGUUGGCCUUCAUUGACCUGCGACAGCUUCUAGAUCUGUUUAUGGUGUGGGAUUGGUCCACGUACCUGGCAGACUACGGACAACCCACCUCAAAGUACCUGCGGGUUAACCCCUCCACUGCACUUGCACUUUUGGAGAAGAUGAAAGACACAAGUAAAAAGAACAACAUCUUCUCCCAGUUCAGAAAGAACGACCGUGACAAGCAGAAAUUGAUCGAGACGGUGGUGAAGCAGCUGAGAAGUCUGGUGAAUGGAAUGUCCCAGCAUUCCUAGAGUCGUUCACAUGAACUCCAAACACUGGGCUGGUUUUGACAACGUAACUUAUAAACUAUAUUCUUCUUCUUGCUUUGGCCCUUUUUUUAAGUCGCUGUAAGUUAACAACUCAAAGUACUGUGGUAUAUUUUGACUGCAUCCUCCAUGUCUUCUGCCAAAAUAUUCACCACUGUAGGCUAAUAAUGUAAAUUGAUGAAGAGAAAAAAACAGAAGUUAUGCAGUAAUUUUUUUGUAAUGUAUUUUUAAAGGUUGAGAAUUAUGUUUUGUACGUUGUGAAAGUGCAAUGACUGUAACACUACACUUGAGAGAGCGGAGGUGUGUAUGUGACUGCUGAUGCUGAUGGUCAUAUUGCAACCUGUAUGAAGUUCUCCCUAGUGUAACAAGGAUGAAGUUUUUAUUGUAAAUAUUUUUAAAUGUAUUUAACACUGCAAUGGAAUCAUGCUUCCCAUCCGUCUGCCUUGAGUUGAAUUUGACUCAGAUUAGGUGACUUAUAAAUGAUAAUAACAUU